AUGGUCCAUGUGAUGGAGGAUGCCGGCUGCUGGCUCCUGCUUGGGCUCUGCCUCCUCCCCGGCGCCGUCCUGGGCUCCCAGGACGAGGGGAAGGUGAUCCACAUCAACCGGGUGCAGCACCAGGCAGUGCGUGUGGGGCUGGGGGAGCCCGUGGCCCUGCCCUGCCUCUUCCUGCUCCAGCCUUCGGCUGCGCUGGGGCCCAAUGAGCCCCCUGACCCCCCCCGCAUCAAAUGGAGCAAGGUGCGCUCGGCCACCGGCCAGCGGGAGGAUGUGCCCAUCCUGGUGGCCAAGGACAACGCGGUGAAGGUGGUUAAGGCCUACGAGGGACGGGUGGCCCUGCCUGGGUACCCCCACAAUCGCUCCAAUGCCACGCUGGUGCUGCACGCCGCCCGUGCAAGCGAUGCUGGGCUGUACCGCUGCGAGGUGGUGGCUGGCAUCGACGAUGAGCAGGACCUGCUGCCCUUGGAGGUGACAGGCGUCGUCUUUCACUACCCCUGUCCGGUGAGCUGCUGGCCCAGUGCACCCCACCACAGGCAGCCACAGAGCCAAAUACCCACCGUACCCCACCUCUCCAUCAGGUACCCCAUCACGCUGUCCCGGCCCGGCUGCUACGGAGACCGCAACAGCCUCCCUGGCAUCCGCAGCUAUGGCCGGAGGGAGCCCGAGGAGGAGUACGACGUCUACUGCUACGCACGGGAAUUGCAAGGGACGGUGUUUUAUGCCACAGUCCCGGGGCGCUUCACCUGGCAGGGGGCUCGCAGGCACUGCCGCAGCCGGGGGGCUUCGCUGGCCACCACGGGGCAGCUCUACCUCGCGUGGCGGCCCAUGGGGCUGGGGGCGGAUGAGGACGAGCAGUUGCGGCCGGUGAGCAGCAGCCCCGCAGCACAGCGCGGUGACCUCCCCGGCAUGGCACUGUCACCGUCUCCUCACAUCCUGGGCGAUGCCACAUCUCUGCCACCGACCGCGACCUCCUCACUGGCGUGGCCGCACAAGGAUGAAGCUCUCAACGUGGUGGACCAGGCACCGGGGAGCUCUCGGCAGGACCCGGUCAGCACCAGCCCAGCACUGACGGUGCAAGAAGCCCCUGGACCCCUCCUGCCGCAGGCCCAAAGCCCAGCCCAGGAGCAGCACAGCACCAGUUCACCACCGGCACUGCCUGGGACGGGGAUGGUCCCCAGCGCAGCAGCAGAGACCCCUGGCAACCCAAGGAGGAGCAGCUACGCAGGGCUGAACGGGCGCCACUUCCAGCUGCAGUGGCAAAGCUGGGACCCCCCAGUG